UCUAUAUUAAAAUGGCGGACAAAAGUCGAGUGUUGGAUCGUGACGAAAAAACUUUGGAGAAUCAUGAGAAGGAAGGAAAAAGUAAAAGUGCAAAAAAAAGAGAGGGAAAAAAGAGGAAUCAGCCGUCGACUUCCUCAAAAGAGAACAAUGAAUUAGUCCCAGUGGAUGGCGAAGUGCCUGGUGCAUGCAACAUCACAAUAAAGGAGAUUGAAUUGGCAAUGGAAGUGUUUAAAAUGCAACUGAAGCCAGCCAAGACACAGGAGGAGGCAAUGCAAAAGGCUUAUCAAUUUUGGAGCACUCAGCCGGUUCCCAAAAUGGAUGAGAAAAUAGUUGUGAAUGAGCCGAUUGAACAGAACAAAACGUCCAUCAGGCCAGAGCCCUACUCUUUGCCCGACGGCUUCCAGUGGGAUAACCUUCAUCUGGACGAUCCUCUAGUCCUCGCCGAGGUCUACACGUUAUUGAGUGAAAAUUACGUAGAAGACGACGAUGCCAUGUUCAGAUUUGAUUAUCCCCAGGAUUUUCUCAAAUGGGCCCUGCAGCCUCCAGGCUGGUGCGAAGAAUGGCACUGUGGGGUUCGUGUGAUAAAAAGUGGCCGUUUAGUUGGAUUUAUAUCCGCAAUUCCUGCGACUUUACGCGUCUACGAUCACUCGCAAAAGAUGGUGGAAAUAAAUUUUCUCUGCGUUCACAAGAAAUUGCGCUCGAAACGAGUUGCCCCGGUGUUAAUUCGCGAGAUAACUAGGCGAGUCAAUCUCUUGGGAAUAUUCCAGGCUGUCUACACUGCUGGUGUCAUUCUACCAAAGCCCAUAGCUACAUGUCGCUACUGGCAUCGUUCCCUCAAUCCAAAGAAACUCAUUGAGAUCAAAUUUUCACAUUUGUCGAGGAAUAUGACGAUGCAGAGGACACUCAAGUUUUAUAAACUCCCUGAACAUCCAAAAGUGCCUGGAUUUAGGAAGCUCGAGGCUGGAGACGCACCUCAAGCAUUUAAAUUACUCAACGAGUAUCUAGAAAAGUUUGAUUUGGCGCCGAUUUUUAAUGAAGAGGAGUUUCGCCACUGGUUUACGCCCCAUAAUGGGAUAAUAAACAGUUUUGUAGUGGAGAAUGACGGAAAAAUCACGGAUUUGGUGAGUUAUUACACUCUACCGAGCUCGGUGAUGCACCACCAGACGCACAAGACACUGAAAGCAGCUUACAGUUUCUACAAUGUCUCGACGAAAACACCCUGGAUUGAGCUCAUGACUGAUGCCCUCAUUUCAGCGAGAAAUUUGGGUUUCGAUGUGUUCAAUGCACUCGAUUUAAUGGACAACAAGGCAUUCCUGGAGGCCUUAAAAUUCGGUAUUGGCGAUGGAAACCUACAAUACUACCUCUACAACUGGCGCUGCCCCAGCAUGACACCCAACAAAAUCGGUCUCGUCCUCCAGUAACUCGACAAGUGAAAAAUAAAAAAAAAACCAACGAGUCCUGCUUUUUUUUACUGCAAAAACGUGAGUCCAGUCGAGCCUGGGGAUUUCAGUGGCUUGAGAAAGUGGCAAACGUGAGGAUUUCAAUGGACUAUUGAAAAAUAUACUGAAAUAGAAACGAGGGGAGAUUAUUUGCUUCGUAGCAAAGACGAAACUCAUUUUAACCGAUUAAUAGAGGUUAUUAUUCAUUUUCAUUUUGAUUUAUAUAUUUUCCCGGGAUUCGCCAUUUUGUCUGCCAUUCUAUUCAAAAUUCUGCCAAAUAACGAAAUAAUUGAAACUGGAUGAUUCAUUAGGACGUUAAUAAAUGGAGAAUACAAAUCA